GUCGCGGAUCAGCGACGUUUUAUAGGGAGCGGCGGGGGCGCGGAAGGUUCCGGCAGCCGGAGCGGUGCUUGUGGCGCGUUCGGUGGUAGCGGAGCUGCGCGGCCCGAGUGUCUCGCGAUGACCCGUGGGAACCAGCGUGAACUUGCCCGCCAAAAGAACCUGAAGAAGACUCAGGAGAUCCAUAAAGGGAAAAGGAAGGAGGAUAGCUUGUCUGCUUCUCAGAGAAAACAGAGAGACUCUGAAAUUAUGCAGCAAAAACAAAAAGCGGCUAAUGAAAGGAAAUCUCUGCAGGCAGGAGCAAAAUGAGCUGCUUGGAGGGAGUGCACCAAUGAAGAGAAGGGCCUGGAAGAUCAUUCACAGAAGUGUCCAGCCAUUAAAUGAUUAAAAUCUCAUCUUGCGAAGUUGCUCAGCUAGCAUUAGUUUAGAGUAUUUCUGGUUAUUGUAGGCUUAGUUAUCUGGAGUGCUCUUUGAAAAGUCACUACACUCUCUGCAUGCAUAUAAAUAGAAAUACCAAGCAAUAGUACUUCAGCUUUUGCUGUGUUGGUUUCACUUAGUGGUUCCAGUGACAAUAAACUUGUGUAUUUAGUUAGACCAGAUUUUCUUGUCUUAAUUCUUGAAGUACAGCUUCAUUCAGAAUGGAAAACACUUGUAAAAGGUGCUUAACUUUACAGAGGUCUGACUGUAAAUCUCAUCCUAAAUUAUUUUUGCAAUAAAAUGUUGCAUGAAAUAC